AUGCUUACGAAAUUGAUUGGUAAUAAUACUGCCAAAGAAGUUUUCAUAACAUCCUCUCCAUUCUUAUUAUCAUUAUCCAACAGCCAAAUACCUCAGGAAGAAUGUCGUCUAUCACUCGAAGAAUCAGAUGGAUUCUUUUGUGAGUACGAUCAGGAUUGGUCUCGGCGAAAAUCUCUUCAUUACUCUCAAAAUGAAAAGAAUCAUGUUUCGAAUAAACGAAGUUCGUUUUUUCUUGAUAAUUGGGAGCCGACAAUUCAUUGUACAUUUGAGCAACGUUUGGGUAUAUCACAUGGUGGUAAAUGGGCAUGCGAUAUAUAUAAAUUGCAAACAAACAACUCACAAAUACCUCUCAUUUACUCCUUUGGUUCAAAUGGUGACUUUAGUUUUGAAGAAUCCGUCAAAGAUAUACUGCCUAACAGUGAAAUUCAUACAUUCGACAAGGAUUUGUAUACGUGUCCAAAUGAAAUUUGUACGUUUCAUCAGGCCAUAUUAGGGAAUGGAAAAAAGAAAGGGAGCAAACCAUUAAAAAGAAUUAUCAAUGAGCUCCAUCAUCACAAACGAAGAAUCGAUAUUCUUAAAGUAGAUAUUGAGGGAAGUGAAUUUGAUCUAUUUGACGAUUUAUUCGAUUCUACUAAAUCAACAGCAGAGUCCACAAAUCUGCCUUCUUCGCAAUCAAUGCCAUAUAUCCACCAGAUUUUUGUCGAAAUUCAUCUUCCGUGGAAUAGUGGCGAUGAAGAAAGUCUUCGCGCACAUAACUUCUUUGAACUGUUUCGCCAUAAUAAUUACGCCAUAUUUCACAAAGAAGCGAAUCUGGUGGAUUGUCGUAGUGUAUUCGAGGAUUCCCGAUUCAGCGAUGAAACAAAUACUUACUAUCAACUAGCUGUUUCAAUAUUGUCCUCAUCGGAAAGUUUUACAGUCAAAGAAGUGCGUGAAGCAGACGACAUACUGUUCAUCAAAGGUAAUGAAAAACUUAUUGGAACAUUUAAGGGUACUCUACAAGAAAAGCACGUGCUCGUCAACUGUGCAGAGAUCCCCAUUACAAUUUAUACACCAAUAGAUGUUAACAAGGAUAAAUUAGUUAUAUUUUUUCAUGGUGGAGGUUGGGUUAGUUGCAAUUGCAAUACACACCAAACAAUUGUCAAUACUCUUGCCGAUGCAACCAAGACCAUAUGGAUCUCUGUUCAAUAUCGUCUUGCACCGGAACAUAAAUAUCCAAUAUGGCUCGAUGAUUCAUGUGAUGUUACUCGAUAUAUUGUUGAAAAUAAAGUGUCUUAUGGUGUUCAUCAAACAGCAAAGAUUGGUGUAGCAGGUGACAGUGUUGGUGCUCAAAUUAGUGCAUCAAUUUGUCAUAUGGUCAAAAAUAUUGAUUUUCAGAUUCUUGUCUAUGGAUUUUUCGAUGUUGCAUGCAGAACACCAUCUCACAAAGAAUUUAGCGACCCGAUGUACAUUCUUACACCUGCACUUCUCGAGUGGUUCAAGUUGAAUGCAUUUCGUGAUGCAAAAGAUCUGACAGAUCACCGAGUAGCUGUUCUUCUCAACAAAUCUUUUGAUACUUUACCGCCAUGUUUAUUUAUCGUUGCCGAGUUGGAUCCACUUCGAGACGAUAGUUACGUAUAUCAAAAGUUACUUGACAAGGCUGGUGUCAAAACCGAAUUUUUACUUGUCAAAGGUGUCCUGCAUGAUUUUCUUGCUUUUCCAGGAAUCUAUCUGAACGCGUGCACACAAGCGAUUAAUGCUAUUCAACAAUUUAUGUCCGCGCUUUAA